AUCUAGUAGUCAGUUGAUAGGCACCUAUAGUUUGUUAAAUUAUAAUCAUAAGUAUAAAAUAAAAAUAAAUAAUGUUUCAUUCAUUUUUAUAACUAUUGUUGAUUUAUAUAGUGAAGAGUGAACGAUUACGUUUAAAAAUAUAAUUAAUUCGUGGUAUGAUAUGGUUUUAAACUGCAUAUUAAUACUUUCACUUCGUUUUUAAAACAUUUAAUAAUAUACACACGGUAAUAAUCAUGCCAAACUCAUGUUUUGGGUGCUGUUCUAUUCGUCAUGGCGUUAGUUGUAUUUACAUUUUUAAUAUAUUUUGGAUCACAUUAGUAAUAAUGAACGAUUUCUUAUACCGUUUAUCAAAUUAUUUUCAACCACAUGAGCAUACCAGUUUUGAAAAUACUACAUCCCAAACAUUAAUUCCCGAUCUUUAUCCCGAUGAAGAUAUACUAUUAAACUUCAAUUCCACGGACAAAGACUUUUAUCAGUCAAAACAAAUUAGGCUGGACCUGAGUGAAAUGUUCAUGGAUUGCGUAUUUAUAAUAAAAUUGGGAUGGAGUGUGAUGGAAUUCUAUUUAAACAUUAGCCUCAAAGAAUCAACUUACUCAGUGUCUCCAGAAAGAAUUUAUGCUUGGCUAGUGAUUUAUUAUUUUAACUUAGUCUCAGGAACAAUUUUUCAACUCUACGUGAUCUUCUAUCAGUUGUUUGAUGACGAACUAUUAGACUAUUCUUUGGGUUUCGUUGAAAUAAUAAUUCUUGUGGUCGAAAUCUACAUUGUGCAAUCGUAUUACAAACAACAGAAGUUAGCUGCUGUUAACGAUUUUGUUCAAUUAAAAUGGAAAUAUUUACCAAACUCCAAGAUGCAGUCAGACCAAAAUAAAUCUGAAGUGAUAAUAAUAUCGGAGAAUCCGCUUGAUCAAACACAAGACCAAUCCAAUUACAUCCCAAUAUUUGUAAAAGAAUUGCGCAACGCAAAUUCUUAAAAUAAUUAUAUACCUAGUAAAUUUUGGGUGGCAUUUCGUUAUAGUAACAGUUUGCUAUGUAGAACACAAUAAAGCAUCCUUCAUACUCUCUAUAUUAUAUAGGGUAGUAUUAAUUAUUUAAUUAAAUCCGUAAAAUGGGUUCACAUAAAGAAAAGUUUAUUUGUGUACAUAAUAAUUAUUAAUUAUAAAUAAACUGAAAUCACUAAAAUAUGCCUUUUUAACAAAAAAUUAUAUUAUGAUAAAAUCAAUAAUUUUUGAAUUAUUAAUACGAAAAUAAUAUUACAUUAAAUAUAUCUACUAAUACCUAUGUACACGUGAAAAAUCUUAUUGAUUUCUAAUUGUUCAACUAAUACUCAGAAUUGUAAGACACUAUAGAAGAGCCUAGUCAUCUCAAUUAAUUACACCUACGUGCGAUUAUCAACAAAACGUCAAAACCUAUAUUAAACAAUUAAGUGAUUAAAUUCAAACAGUUUUAGAAUAAAAUUACACUUUGUAUGAAUUAUAAUAAUUAUA